CCCUUGGGUAGGCUCGCGCCGCCGCGUUGGCUUUGCACUCGUUCCGUCUGUCCCGCUGCCGCGAGAAAGACGCUCUGAAGACUCGGCGCCGGCCGUCUCCCUACCCCCCGAGUCCCUGUGACCGUCCCAGCCAAGAUGGCCUCUGGAGUGCAAGUUGCUGAUGAAGUGUGUCGCAUUUUCUAUGACAUGAAAGUUAGAAAAUGCUCCACACCAGAAGAAAUCAAGAAAAGGAAGAAGGCUGUCAUUUUUUGUCUCAGUGCAGACAAAAAGUGCAUCAUUGUUGAAGAGGGCAAAGAAAUUUUGGUUGGAGAUGUUGGUGUUACCAUAACCGAUCCUUUCAAGCAUUUCGUGGGAAUGCUUCCUGAAAAAGAUUGUCGUUAUGCUUUGUAUGAUGCAAGCUUUGAAACCAAGGAAUCUAGAAAAGAAGAGUUGAUGUUUUUUUUGUGGGCACCAGAACUAGCACCUCUGAAAAGUAAAAUGAUCUAUGCAAGCUCCAAGGAUGCCAUCAAAAAGAAGUUUCAAGGCAUAAAGCAUGAAUGUCAAGCAAAUGGGCCGGAAGACCUCAACCGCGCUUGUAUUGCUGAAAAGCUAGGCGGGUCCUUAAUUGUAGCUUUUGAAGGGUGCCCUGUGUAGAUCAUCAUUCAGUGCCACAAAUUGAAAGCUUCCAUGUUUAAUGUUAUCCUCUUGCUAUAUAAGUAAAGCAAAUUUAUUUAGGUCAGGGUCUUACUGAGGGGGAGCUGUCUUGUCAUCUUCUAGAGUAAAAUAUAAACAUGUCCAAACAUAGCCCUAAAUAAAUCUAGAAUCAAAAGUUUUAUCAGUGUGAAAUUAAAUUCUUAACUGGCCAAAUGCCUAUUUUGGUGAGUUAACCUAUAAGGAUGCUUGUGAUGCUCAGGAUUUUUAAUAAUGCAGUUCACAAAACCUCACAAGGCCAUGAGAAGAACAUUUUUACAUCUUUGUUAACCACCAGUUACUUUCUUUUGCUUGGAGAAUUGGUUAUAAUUUUGGCCCAAAUUAUUCUUAAUUCUCUAUUCUUUAUUGACCUGAACAGCAUACUUAGAUAUAAUUUUCUUUAUAAUGUGUAACAACACUAAUAUACUAACAACAGUAAGACUAAGGCAGUCUUUUAGUUCUACCAAAUGUGUAAUGAAGGCCACUUCAGAAUUGUGUCCACUUAUAAUUCACGCUGAUGUAGCAAAGCACAACUCCAAGCCAGCGUGGGAAUGCAAGAGGCAGCAUGGCGCCUGAGGUGAGCAGCCUCACCAGCUGGGAGAACUUUUGUGAGUGACCUUGCAGCUUAGAAAUCAUGGUAUGUCCUCAGGAGAAUGUGUGAUGUGUUAUAACAACUAAUUAUGAUGCAAAUUAGGGCUCCACUGUAAUCUGCUUUUGUUAUUGAAAAUGAUAAGUAUUGGUAAGCCAGGACACCUGCAAAAUCUUUCCUUGUGUCUCCUUCAGAACUGUGCUGAACCUGGUACAGUAAGAGUUGAAGAAUGCUGUUGGUUUCCUCUGGGGCUUAGGAGAAAACAGUUUCCUAGAAGUUUGUCUACUGUGGAGGUGGGGAACAGUAUGGAGGAUGGCACUCACAAGGGACCACUGCCCAAUGACACUUGGAAGUGAUCGUCAUUAACAUCACAGGCAUGACACACGGAACAAUGUAGAGAUGCACAAACAGUUGAACUUAGAAGUAGCAAUAUAGGCUUUAUGUAAUAAAGGAAGCAUUUUUAACUUA